AUGCGCAUAUUGUAGGAGAAAAUUCCAAUUUCCAAGGGAUAGACGGCAAUGGCGUUGGCAGUUAGAGUACGAAUUGCAAUUCGGCCUCCCGCCAUCUGCUCGUCCAGCGAUUUUACUUGUCCUCCAAUACAAAAACUUCUCACGCAAACGCAGACGCAAUUCCCAUUUCUGUUCAAGAGUUAUGCUUCGUCUCUGUUUCAGACUCCGACGCUACCGUCGCCUUUCCCUCCCUUCCACUCGCUCCUUCUCUUCCUCAUCCUCUUCGAACCCAAUCGAUCCCCAAAACAAUCUCAAAAAUCAUCACCAACCACCAACCAUCCACCACAACCCCCUUGUCUUAACCGCCAAUGCUUCCUCUUCUCCUCGUUACUCCGUGCUCGGCCUUUCCACCGCUGUCGUAUCCUUUCUAAUCGCUUCCGUCGCUCUCCUCUCCUAUAAUGACCGCCACUCCUCAGAAUGUGAUUCUAAUUUCAUCCACACCGCCAUUGAACACACAAUUUCUAAAUCGAACGACUCUUGCAGGAGAGUCUUUUAUCACGUCAGGCAAACGGGCGUUGCCGCAUCGGUUCUAUGGCAGUCUUUGAGGUCCGUGCUUUCCUCUGCGAACCACGAAGUCAGGCUGGGGUUCGAGCUGCGGGUGGCGGCCUUGUUGGCCGACAUUGCUGCGGCAAAUGGAGGCCGCAGAGCGGCGUUGGUUGGAGCGGGCGGCGGAAAGGUGGUGGAUUGGUUGCUGGAGAGUGUGGCAGUGCGUGAAGACGGGUGUAGCACCCAGGCUGAGGCGGCCAGGGCGCUUGCUUACUUGAUUGCGGAUCCGGAUGUGUCUGCAGAUGUGCUUGGCAGGCCUCGCGCUGUGCCCUAUUUGUUGCGCUUUAUAUUUUCUCGCCAACCAAAGAAGAAGCAUUCAAGACGUAGUUCAUUCGAUAUUUGUGAUUCUUUGAAAGGUGGGAGCAUGCUUGUGGCUGCCAUCAUGGAUAUCGUCACAUCCAACUGCGAUAGAAGUUUAGAAAAGGUUCCUUGCAAGCCAUCCUUGCCUGGAAACGCUGAAACAAGGGAUAUUGCUGUAGCUAUUGAGGUCAUUGAGGAAGGGGGCUUGCAUAUGGAUAGGCCGCAGGAAAAUGAAGAUGAUGACAAUGGUGGAAGAGAAAUGAAGGGGAUUGGAAUUAAAAUCCUUGAAGGUACAACAGUUUUAGGGCUUACAAGAAAUAAUGGGUUAACAAAGUUGGAGCACUCUAAUUCCAGUAAUGUGGAAUCAUUUAGUCAGACUUCUAAAACCCUCAGCUUUUUACAAAAGAAAGAUGGUUCGCUAGCACAAAAUUUGUCUUCUACUGUUGUUCCUGGACUCUGGGAUGAUCUACAUUGUCAACAUGUUGCUGUGCCUUUUGCUGCAUGGGCAUUAGCCAAUUGGGCAAUGGCAUCUGAGGCCAAUAGAUCCCAUAUUCAGGAACUGGACCAAGAUGGUCAAGCUGUGAUGACUGCCUUAAUGGCACCUGAGAGAUCUGUGAAAUGGCAUGGAAGCUUGGUAGCCCGGUUGCUGUUAGAGGACCGACAUCUGCCCAUAAAUGAUUCCAUUUCGGACUGGACUUCCAGUCUUCUCACAACUAUUUCUCAGGCAAGUAAAAAUGAUGAUAUUCCUUUGGCCCAGGUGGCUUUAUCUGCUUUUUUGCUUUCUGUUGAGAGGAGCCCAGAGGCACGGAAGAUAGUGAUGGAAAAGGGUCUUGAGCUGAUGAGGAAGACAACUAAGCAGACAACAAAACACAAGCAAGUACAAGAAGCAUUAGCAAGGGCUUUGGAGUUACUUUCUACAGGGGAUGUGCAUUUAUCUCUUGAAGAGAGCGAAAAGUGGUCUGGCAUUCUGCUUCCUUGGGUUUUUGGAAAAGUUUCCUCGAACACUAUAGGAUCUUCAGCCACAAAAAUUCUCUCAUGCAUUCUUGAAGAUUAUGGACCUUCUUCUGUGCCAAUUUCUCAAGGAUGGUUAGCCAUUCUCCUAAAUGAAGUUCUGGCUUCGAUCAAGGCUUCAUCUAGUAAGGGAGGCAUUCAGCCCAAAAGUGAUAAAGUGAAGACCCAAAUUGAUCAGUCCAACAUUCUUUUCGCAACACAGACUGUUAAUCAGCUGGCAGGUGCUGUCGUAAAUCUAGCAGGGAAUCAACUUAGAGUGGCCACUGUUUCUGUUGAUACAUUCCCACUGGUAGAUCUUCUUUCCCUGGAACCUUUUGCUGGACCAUUUCAAAACUUUAAGAAGGAUGCUAUGUCUAAAUUUAAUGUGGCAGAUUCUGCUUCAGCAACCCUAAAGGGGAUCAAAGCACUGACUGAACUUUGUUCUGAGGAUUCUUUUUGUCAAAACAAAAUUGCUGACCUUGGGGUCUUGUGUUUACUGAGGCGCUUUUUGUUAUGUGAUGAUUAUGAGAGACUGUCUGCAAUGGAAGCUUAUGAUGCAUCUAGAGCCCUUGAGGGACAGGAGAGGGUUUCAAAUGUUGAUGGUGAGACGGCUAAUGCAGCUAUUAAUGGUCCAUCUAGUCUGCAAGUUCCACCUACGGCUCACAUUCGAAGACAUGCAGCUAGGCUGUUGACUGUCCUAUCAAAGCUUCCUCAAGUCCAGAAGGUUGUUCUAGCAGAUAAAACUUGGUGUAAAUGGCUUGAGGAUUGUGCUAAUGGGAACAUCCCAGGUUGCAGUGAUUGCAAAAUGCAAAGUUAUGCUAGGGCAACACUCUUAAAUAUAUUUUGUUGUCACCAUGCUGGCACAGACUCUGCAAACAUUAAUCUCCCUGAGAGUGGAGGUGCAAACAGAAACAGCAGUUGUCCUCAGUAUAAUGACAUGAUAUUUUUAAUUAAUCCUGAAAUGCCCCAUUGGAAGUUCUGUGAAAAUAUGGAUAGUAAGAAAGUUGGAAGUGAUAAAUCAUCGUUGGUUGAGGCUGAUUCUAUUAAUGGUGACAGUUCAUCUGUAACCAAAACUUCAAACAUUAUUGAAUGUUCUACUGCUGCCAAUGAAUCGCUUAAUAGAUCUGAAUCAGAGGCUCCUCAGCUAGAUGUUGUCUUUGUCCAUGGUUUGCGUGGUGGGCCUUAUAAGACUUGGCGCUUAGCUGAGGACAAAGCCUCAACUAAGUCUGGGUUGGUAGAGAAGAUUGAUGAGGAAGCUGGGAAGCAAGGAACGUUUUGGCCUGCCGAAUGGCUUUCAGCUGACUUGCCUCAGUCGCGUAUGUUUACCCUCAAAUACAAGUCAAAUCUUACACAGUGGUCUGGGGCUACCCUACCUCUUCAGGAAGUCAGCUCCAAGCUGUUAGAGAAGGUUGUCGCUGCAGGCAUUGGGAAUCGACCUGUUGUGUUUGUGACUCACAGUAUGGGAGGCCUGGUUGUUAAGCAGAUGCUGUAUAAAGCAAAGGCAGAAAAAAUCAAUAACCUUGUGAACAACACUGUUGGAAUUGUGUUCUACAGCUGUCCACACUUUGGUAGUAAACUAGCAGACAUGCCUUGGCGAAUGGGCCUUGUGUUACGCCCUGCUCCAACUAUAGGGGAGCUAAGAAGUGGAUCCCCUAGACUAGUGGAGCUUAACAACUUCAUCCGCCACCUUCACAAGAAAAGACUGGUUGAAGUCCUCAGUUUCUGUGAGACCAAGGUAACUCCAAUAGUUGAAGGGUAUGGAGGAUGGGCUUUGAGGAUGGAAAUUGUACCAAUUGAAUCAGCAUACCCUGGAUUUGGCGAACUUGUUGUGCUAGAGUCAACGGAUCACAUAAAUUCUUGCAAGCCAAUCAACUGCAGUGAUCCUUCCUAUGCAGAGACAUUAGAGUUUUUGCGCAAGCUAAAAACCCGUUAUUCUAAAGAGGAUGAUGCUUCACUGUGAUCUAAUGUGCUUGAAAAUCUGUGGUGAUAAUCAUGCAAAAGUUUUGGAUUAAGCUUUGAAAUUGCAUGGAGUCCGAAACAAAUUAUUCCAUCUGCAACUUAGUAGCCUGCAAUUUGGAUUGCUGACCUAAUGUGAUGAAGCUUGCAGACAACCUAUUCUUUCUGAAUCAUCAUACACUCGCAAAAAGAGAGAUUUUUUUUUUUUUUUAAUGUACAUUGUUAUCUUGUGUUUUGUCUUAAAAUUGUACAUUGACUUUGUAAAUCAUGUCUUUCUCAUGUACACUAGCAUCUGUAAAUAAGCCUACGCGUUAGAGUAGGUUCAAAGGUGGGUUGUAUAUACUUGAGGAGAAAGAAAUGGAAGUUAGUGAAGGUUACAGAGUUUGAUUUGUUUCCGCAA